AUGUUUUCUCGUUCAACACAAUUUCUUCAACGAUUAACAAUAAUAAAUUCACCUCGAAAUUUAUCAUUUAAACAAUUAAAUCAUAUAAAACCUACUAUCAAUCGAAAUCUUGCGUGGUUUUCUGGACAAUCACGCAAGGAAACUUUUGGUGGAAAAUUAAGACGACGUUUAAAAAAUUUUUUCAUUGUUACUAUUGUUGGUCUCGGUACAUUUUAUGGUUAUCGUAGUUAUCGUCGUUAUCGAUGGUUUAAUGAAAUGAGUGACUCUGAUAAGACUAUUGGUGCUAAACCACGUGUUAUUGUACUUGGAACAGGUUGGGGUGCUGUACCACUUUUAAAACAUAUUGAUACACAUAAAUAUGAAGUUGUUUGCGUAUCACCACGUAACUAUUUUUUAAUGACACCAUUAUUACCAUCUGUUAGUGUUGGUACAGUUGAAACUCGAACCGUAAUUGAAUCAAUUCGUUCACUUAUUGGACCACGUGUUAAAUUUGUUGAAGCACAUUGUGUCAAUGUAGAUCCAGAAGCAAAAAUUAUAACAUGUAGUAGUGAUGGAGAACAAACAGUAUCUCGUGGUGAUGAUGUUAAAGCUAUAUUGGUCCCAUCAAGACGUACAGAUGGUGCAUCAUCAAGAAUAAUUAAAGAUUCAGCUCGAGUUCGACCUGAAUUUCAUAUGAAAUAUGAUAUUCUUGUUGUUGCUAUUGGUUCAGAAAAUAAUACAUUUAAUACUCCAGGUGUUGAAGAACAUGCACAUUUUCUUAAAGAACUUCUUGAUGCUCGACGUAUACGUUCAGCAAUUAGUGACGCUUUUGAAUCAGCCAUGACACCAACACAAACAUUAGCAGAAAGAAAACGUCUUCUACAUUUUGUUAUUGUUGGAGGUGGACCAACAGGUGUAGAAUUUGCUGCCGAACUUGCCGAUUUAGUUCGUGAAGAUCUGCAAAUUUAUUUUCCACAUCUUGUUGCUAGUGAUGUAAAAAUAACAUUAAUUGAAGCACUUGAUCAUAUUUUAUCAAUGAUGGAUAAAAAAAUAAGUGAUUAUACUGAAAGACAUUUUCAUCGUGAAAAUAUUGAAGUAUUAAUGAAUACAUUUGUAAAAGAAGUUAAACAACGUGAAGUUAUUAUACAAUUAAAAGAUUCCGAUGAACUUAAAUCACUUCCAUGUUCAGUUGUUGUUUGGGCAACUGGAAUUAAAGCUCGACCAUUAACAAAUAAACUUCGAGAAAUAAUUGGCUUAAAUAUUCAAAGCAAUCGUAUGGGUCUUCUUACUGAUCCAUAUUUACGUGUAAAAGGUGUUGAUGAUGGUUCAAUAUUUGCUCUUGGUGAUUGUGCUACAAUUCAAAUGCCAAAAUUAAUUGAUCGUAUUCAUUCAUUAUUCGAAGAAGUUGAUACGGAACAUCGAGGUGCACUUGAUGUUCAACAAUUUCGAACAUUAGUUGAAAAGAAGAUUACAGAAUUUCCACAAGUAUUUAAAUAG